CAAUAUUUAUUUGAUACUUUCUUAAUUUCACAAGCAAAAUUUUGAAUUCAGAUUAAUAUAAAUUUAAUUUAUCUAUAAUAAGCCUUAUUCCUUUACAUUUCUCAUUCACCGAUAAGAUACGUAAAAAUGUUAGAAUCGAUGUUGAAAUAAUCGAGCAUAUUUGGCUAUUUAAACCGCAUAAACAAAAACAUCAGCAUAACCGCAUAAAAGGCUGCAUUGGACCUACCAAACACUGCUCGUGACCACCAGUCAAAGAAUAUAAUUUUAAUAUUUUAACAGAUCAAAUUAAUUACAUAUGUCAUCAACACAAAAAGAACUCACUGAUGGCUGUCGAAUAGCAUCUUUUGUGGUGCUUGAUUUGGAAACAAAUGAUUUGCCGUAUCAUUUUUCGAAAAUCGCUAUUACAGAAUUAUGCAUGUAUGGUUUUUCAACUAGUGAAUUAGAAACAGCGCCACUAAAGUUAGAAGAGAUUGACAAUGUAACAUUAGAACGACCACGACGUUUGCAUAAGCUUACAAUGCUAUUCAACCCAAGACGACUUAUACACCCAAAGGCUGAGGAAAUUACUGGAUUAAGUAAUUAUAGUCUUGAAAAAGAAACACAUUUCGAUGAAAAUGCCGCUGGUAUUAUAACAAACUUCCUUAAGCACAUGCCACAACCAGUAUGUUUGGUCGCGCACAAUGGUGAUACGUUUGAUUUUCCGAUAGUCAAACAGACGUUCCAAAAGUUAAAUUUAAGCCUGCCAUGCGAGAUCCUCUGUGUCGACUCUUUGCUUGCAUUUCGUGUUUUGGAUCAACAACUGCAAUUCGCUUCUUCACCUACCGAUACAACUGAAUCCAGUAUAUGUUGCAAUGAUAAAGAGCAAUCCGUAGUAACAUCUAAUUCUGACGACGUCAAAGAGACUGUUGUGGAUUCAAGAGCGACACUUUUAGAGCAACUUGAUGCUGAGACAAAGAUAGACUGGCAAGCACGUAACGAAACAACACCUAGACGACCCAUCGUUACAGGUGUAAAACGCUCGCAUUCCGCUAUCUCAAAGAGUUUAAAUAGUUCUUUUAAAUCGAAACGAUCACUCUUUGCAAAUGUUAAGCUUGAGAAAUAUCCACCCAAAGGGGUUUAUAAAUUGGAAAAUAUGUAUAAACGAUUUUUUAAGAAAACACCGAAAAAUGUGCAUUGCGCUGAAGCUGAUGUGGAGACAUUAAUGCAUUUAAUGCGAGUGUAUGGUAGUAGUUUUCUUACAUAUGCAGAAGAGAAAGCUGUUCGUUUCGAAGAUAUACCACUAAAACGAUGACAAAAAUACGCUAUGAAAUUAAUUCGACAUACCUGUUUGCCCAACUAUCCAACCAAUUUAAUACGUUAAGCAUGCUAUUAUUUUAUUAUGAAGCUACAAAUUAUGUAAUUAUUAUGGACCAGUGAUGCAAUUAUAAAUAACCAUAUUUUUGAUACCUUGGAUAUUAAGAUGUAGUAAUAAAACCUACAAAUGUGUUUGCGAAGAAAAACCUG